AUGUCGUCUCUCGCUGGAAAAGUUUUCCUCAUCACCGGCUCCUCCAAGGGAAUCGGCAAAGCCACCGCUCUUCGAGUCGCCAGCGAGGGUGCCAACGUUGUGAUCAACUACCUUCGCGACUCCGCUGUAGCCAAUGACCUCGUCAACGAGAUUGGCGCCGACCGCGCCCUGGCUGUCCAAGCCGAUGCUUCAAAGCUGGCCGACCUUGAUCGCCUUGUCGAUGCUGCGGUCGGAAAAUUUGGCAAGAUCGAUGUGCUUAUUCCAAACGCCGGAUACCUCCCACUGAAAACUUUGGAAACCACCACCGAGGAGGACUUUGACCGAACCUACAACUUGCUGGUGAAGGGACCAUACUUCCUGGCUCAGAAAGCCGUGCCGCAUAUGCCUGUCGGCGGACGAAUCAUCUUUGUCUCGACCUCCACUGCUCGAUUCUCAAGCGUCUCCCCCGCCUACCUGCUUUACACCUCUUCCAAGGGCUCCAUCGAGCAGAUGACCCGCAUCCUGGCCAAGAAUUUGGCGCCCAAGGGCAUUCUGCUCUUCCUCGAGGGCAAGCCAGAGGCAAUGCUCAAGGCCAUCGCUGGGUUCAGUCCCUUCAACCGCAUCGGAGAGCCUGAUGAAAUUGCAUCAGUCAUGGCGUUCUUGUCGGGCAAGGACAGCAGUUGGAUGUCUGGCCAGGUUGUGGCUGUGAAUGGAGGUAUGGCAUGA